AUUUAUUUUCUGGUCCUUGGCUUGUGAUAUUUAUGCAUUUGUUGCAGGUAUUGUUGGGCAUUUAAGUAUCUGAUUUUUUUUUUUUAUCUUACAACCCCUCAUUUACUUUUCAAACCAGAGAGUAAAUAAGAAAUGCAGACUCCUAAAGCAAGAACAAGUCCGGCCGGUGGGGGUGCGGCACAGAGGAUCUCUCCUCGAUCGAGUUCGACGGAGGUAACUCAGAAGAACUCACCUAGUCAAGGUGGUGGUGGUGGUUCUGCAGAAGUGUCGCAAAAGAGUUCUCCGAAAGUGGUGCGGCAGCUGAAGACUGGUCCGAGGUUCUUAGACCACACUGCUUCUUCUUCCAACUUAGCUACUAAAGCACCCAAAGAGAGAAGCCCUAAACUUGCUGAUCAUCGCUCUCCCAAAAGCCCAAUCUCUGAGAAAAAGCGUCAGAGUCGAGUUUCUGAACUGGAGAAUCAGAUAUCUAAGCUCGAAAGAGAUCUGCAAACUGUGAAGGAUCAGUUAUGCUCCACAGAAGAACUGAAGAAGCAAGCCCAAAAAGAAGCAGAGGAAUCGAACCAGCAGCUCUCAGCCCUCUCUCUGAAGCUCGAAGAGUCUCGGAAGCUUCUAGAAAAUUCCGGACCGGAGGAAAUCUCUGAAGAACGGGACCCGAUACUCGUAUCCGAACUCGAUGCUAUCCAGAAACAGCACUCACAUGAUACAGCUGCGUUAGCCUCUGCCUUGGACGAAAUCAAACAACUCAAAAACCAGCUCGAAACUGUAUCCGAAUCCGAAUCUGCCCAUUUCAAGAACUCGGAACUUGACAAAAACGAGCUCGAGGAUUUGAAGAAGAGUUUGUCGGAAACCCUUUCGCUAGUCGAAGAAAUGAAAAACGAGCUGAGUGAUUGCAAGGAAUCCGAAACGCGGGCCCAUGCACUCGUCGGAGAAACUUUGACUCAACUCGAAACAGCCAAAAAGAAAGUGGAGAUGCUUCGAUCAGACGGUGUAAAAGCCACUGAAGAGUACAAU